AUGGAGGCUGUGGCGACGGCGGCGGCCACCUCAGUCGUGGAGUGGAUGGUGCCGAAGCUCUUUGAUUCCUUGCUGGCAAAGCACAAGCUCCGGAAGAGCCUGGAGAUUGACAUCAACUACAUCAAGAACGAGUUUGCUAUGAUUUCAGCCGUCAUCCAGGAUGAUGAUCUCCGCAACGGCUGCCGUGGCGGCCGUGAAGAUGUGAAUAUGGUGUGGAUCAAUAUGGUGCGUGAAUUGGCGCACGCCAUAGAGGACUGCAUCGACCGCUUCAUGCACCGUGUGACGGCCAACCCAGACACUGGGAAACGGUGCCAGGCUGUCCACCGGGUGAAGACGGUGAAGGCCCGGAACAAGUUUGCUGCGGAGAUCCAGCUGCUCAAGAAGAGUUCAGAGGAGGUAUUCAAGCUGAGAGACACAUACAGCAACACUAGCAGCAGCACCUCCUCACCAAGGUGGUCAUUGUCGUCUGAGCAGACGGACACGCCGACGGCAAUUGAGGAUGACGACGAUGGCACCCAAUCAGCAGCAUCCAUCCCCGUGCCCGUGGGUAUGGACGGUCCCCGCAAUGAGCUCCUGGAUCUUAUCCAGCAGGAGCAGCAGCUGAAAGUGAUUACCAUUGUGGGGUUUCAUGGUAUGGGGAAAACUCUUCUUGCAUAUCAUGUGUACAAGGCAAUUGAGAGCCAAUACGAAGCAAGGGCUUGGGUCCCUCCAAGGAAAAUAGGGGGGAACUGGGAAGCCGCGGAUGUUCUCAAGGAGAUACUUGGGCAGCUUGGCCACCUUCCCUUGCCCGUCAGUGGCAGUCUCGCCCAGCUUAAGGCAAGCAUCAAAGAGUGCAUUGGGACCAAGAGGUUCUUCAUUGUAGUUGAUGACUUGCAGAAAAAAACACAUUGGCAUGCCAUAAAGGCAGCCUUCAUGGGUUUAAGUGGCAGAUUUCUGGUGACGACGUCCAUUCAGCAAGUAGCAAAUGUUUGCAGCAGCUCAUCUCUUCAUGAUAAUGUUUACACAAUGGCAACUCUUGCCGACCAACACUCAAGACUAUUGUUCUUCAAGGAGGCUUUCCAAGACGAUGAUCUACCGCCAGAUGCGGAGGAGCUCGGUACCGAAGCUCUCAAGAAAUGUGAUGGCCUUCCCCUUGCUCUUGUUGCCACUGCCAGGUUCUUGCAAAGCACUGGUAAUCCAACACCCAGGGAAUGGGCAAGGUUAUGUGCCGACCUGGGUACACAUCUGGAGACUGAUGAGCAAUUUGCAAGAAUGAGGCGUGUGCUUGUGCAGAGCUACACCAGCCUUGAUACCCAGGUUGCCAGGACAUUCUUGCUCUAUUUGGGUACCUACCCAAGUGGUCGUCCUAUCAAGAAAUCAAGCUUGUUAAGGAGAUGGUUAGCAGAAGGGUUGUCCCCAGUCGACAAUACAUGUAGUGAUGUUGAUGCCGCCAUUAGCAAUUUCGAUAAGCUUGUUGACCGGAGUAUCAUCCAGCCAAUGGAUGCCAGCAGUAACAGCACAGAGGUGAAGACAUGCCAUACCCAUGGCAUGAUGCUGGAGUUCGUCCUGCGCAAGUCCAUGUCCGACAACUUUGUUACCGUGUUGUAUGAUGGGCAGUCUACCCCACGCCUACACAAUAACAUCCGCAGGCUUGCUCUGCAUCAUGCAAGGCCCAGAGAGGUGCAAGGUUUAACUCUUGUCCGCUCACUGACAAUCUUGGGUGAGGCGCACCCAUCUGUCCAGGACUUCUCCAAGUAUGAACUGCUGCGAGUUUUGGAUCUGGAAGAGUGCGUUGUACCCUUGGAGGAUGGCCAUCUCAAGUUGAUAUGCAGAAAACUGUUGCUGCUGAGGUACCUAUGCCUCGGGAAAGCGGUUAUUGCUACGGUGCUUCCCAAGGAGAUCAGCAAGCUUCAAUUAUUGGAUACACUGGAUGUGAGAAAUACACCGAUAGAGAUUCUGCCAACGCAAGUCCUGGAGCUGCCAUGUCUAGUUCAUCUCUUUGGGAAGUUCAAGCUCAAGCAAGGUGUAGGAGACAGGAGAAUGAGUAAGCUACAGACUUGGUUGUCAAUGAAGAGCAAAUUGGAAACACUGGCAGGGUUUGUUGUGGACAACAGCAAGAGCCAAGAUUUUGCACAGCUCAUGAACAAUAUGAAGGCUUUGACAAAGGUGAAAAUAUGGUGCGAGUCUACCCCCAACACCAGCAGCUCAAGUCAUCUCUCAAAGGCCAUCAAGGGGAUCAUUGAGAGAAGCACCCUGUUCAUAGGGACCCCUUCACUAUCACUCAAUUUUGAGGGCGAGUUGACCCAAGACAUGUUGAAUUUCUCUCUGGAGAAAGGAAAGCAUUCAUGCUCCCUCAAGCUGCAAGGAAGGAAGAUAUGCAGCCUGCCCCCCUUUGUUGCCUUGCUGGGUCGUCUCACUAAGCUAGGUCUUUCAUCCCCUCAGCUGAGCCUGAGCCAAGACUUGCUGCCCUGA